GAAACAAUAACAAAAGUUUCCAUUGGUGAAGAAGAUGCUAAACUCUGGCUUUUGCCGUUGUCGUUUAGAUUACAAGAAUUUGCAGAUUGUUUGGUGAGAGCACAUUCUAGAUUAUUGGAUUUAUUAGAUAUAUAUCGUUGAUUUUAUAGAGCCUUUCCACAUGACGUCACGUCCCAUAUUGGUGUCCCAUGUUGUCCCAUAUUGGUGUCUCAAAACACUGAAACGGCGGUCAUGUCGGUUUCACAAAGAAAUUCUGUGGAAGUUGAACCAUUGAGCUCUAUUGUUACUUGGUCCGCUAUGCAGGAAGGAGAAACCUUUCGUUAAGUGCAGAUUUCAAUUCGCCGUUACUUUAUAUAUUCAAUUAGCAUUCGGGACUGCAGGCCUAUUACACCUUCAUCUCCCGCGAAAAUUAAAGACAUCAUUUUUCCAUGAAAAAAUGGAAUAAACGGACUUAGGUCGGGUUUCAUUUUUACUUAGUUUUCUGUUUAUCCAUGGUACAAGUAAUCCUUAAUAUACAUUAGUGUUGCAGAAUUGCUGCACAAAGAGAAACCUUUUCAGUCAAAAUCCUCGUUGAAAAUUUUAAUUUGCGUUUACUUUACAAUCAUCUGGGGCUGCCUAUUGCUACAGCUUUGCCUCUCGCGUAACUUUAAGACAACAUUUUUCUCGUCAGACGAUGGAGUAUCCUCAGAUUUAGAGAUUUCUUUAUUUUAGCUUAUAGCUUUAUUGUGGUACUAGCGAUUCUUAAUAAACCCUAGUGUUGCAGUAUUACUUUUUUCGUGUAAAGUUAUACAUGGUGCAAUCGAUCGUAAAGGACAAGACAUUUCCCAGGACCCCCUAUUGUGUUUGAAAUCGUCCACUGAACACAUUUCUUUACCGUGUCAUAUGAAAGCCUAAGAUUCAAUAAUUGUUUUCGCAUAAAAGGGGACAUACUGGCAAGGUUUGAUUGAACUUGCCCUAAGAAGCUACAAGGUUAUCCUUAUUUUAUUUAUUACAACCGUUUCUGGUAUUUCCUACUUUUGUUAAUAUUAGCUAGAGCAACCCUGGGGUGGCGGUAUUGUAUUUCUGGCACUCAUCCUUCCCUCUGCCCCCCAGACACCCUGCUAUGCUUCAUUGACAAACUGUAUGACACAAUUAAAUUUAGUACGACUGGUAUUGAAAAGAUCUUUAGAAGUUUCCGGCGCGGAGCCUAUUUUUAAUUAUGAAUGUCCUCAAGUUUCCAGAAUCUUAAUCUUAAGGUGCAAAUUAACAGAUGAUAUCAAUUCGUGGAUCUCUUACGUAAUUUGUUUUACCAACAAACUCACUUUUUUCGCCUUUAAUGUUAAGUCGAGGUGUAGAUUUGUAUGUUUGUUCUACAUUACAUGGCAAACCGAGACGCCAUUCAGCGAACUAGCAAAGGGAAUGUUUGUUUUGUGCCUUCUCGCCCCAAGGCAACGCUCUAUAGACCAAACAUCGUAUGGGAGAUGGGCACAUGUAGUAACACUCUUAUUUUGUCUUUAAAGAAAGUUGCAAGAUCCUCAGAUACAAGGAUUAUUCCAUUAGUGUGCGUCAAUUACUAUCGCGGCAAACCUCAAAUUAUAAUAAGAAAACAAACACAUUUGCGAUGUGCCAUAAGGCCCUAUUCUCUCUGCAUUUCUUAUGAUAUCGUAAUUAUCGGAAAAAGGACCUUUUUUUUCUCUCUCUCUAUCUCUCUCGUUUAUUCCUUUAUUACAUCUUAAAAGCGACAGGUAGUGUCUCAGUUUUCCAUCUAUAAUUGAACCCCAACAGAAGCAGGUUUGUUCCCUCUAAGAUACCGCAAGAAUUGGCGCCGUUUCUUGUGGUCUGUCUCUCGGUGUGUCAGGUCAGAUUUAAAUAAUUUUUAGACAAAGAUGAAUUCAAACACUGCAAUUUUAAAGACGGUUGCCUGCGGAGAAAGUUUUAAAAUAGCUCAGCUCGACGAAUUGAAAACAUUGACAAAUUCAACCAUGUAGCUGUUCCCAAGGUUAUUCGAGUCGCCUUUCUUUCAAGCGGUACACUAAUUAGUUUUUUCAUGGCACCCCACAAAGUAUUUCUAAAGGUAUAUACUGCAACGAAAAUUACAAAACUUUGCCGCCGGCGAAGCGAGUCAUCAUCACAGCACAUACCUGUUUACAAAUGCAUAAGUGGUAUCAAUGUCCGUUACGGGAAAGCCCUUCCCUGCGGGUGUUAAAAAGUUGACGAGGCAAUAUAACUUCCCUUUAGGAUGAAAUAUAAAAAUAUCUUAGCGCUAAAGUUCAUCAGACAUUAUUUCGGCACUCUGGUUUACUCGGGUGUUUCAGAAUGAUGAUUAUGCGAAUUUGAGCAUUGCAGCAUGUGAAACUCUGGAUUUCUUUACUGUCAGAUACGUUUACCUCUGUAGAAUUUUUCAUCCUUAUCUGUCGUUUUCACUAGAGAUUAAACAUAUCUUUAAGAUAUUAGCAACGGCAAAUUACUUCAUGCUGAAAGAAAUUUUAACGUGGUUUCUUCAAUUCUGCUCUUCCCUCGUGUCCCCAAAUUUAUGUAAUUGUUCAUCCGAGUUUUAAAAUAUGUUAUUUCGCUAGAGCUUGCAGAAUUCCUAGUAAUGUCGGACAGCGCAACUGUUACUAUUUUUUGUCUUCAGUAUUAUUACGCGAAGCUUUCCUAAGGAAGAUGAUGUAUUAGUCACCGUUUUUAGUAAAUGAAAGUCUAAGAUCCCUCAUUAUGACAUACGCUGGUGCAUGUAAAUAGAUUUUAAGGUUUAAAGCCUGUACUCCUUACUUCUUGGCUUCGUUUACCUACUCACUGAAGCGUUAGUACUCACCGAGACGCAUGUUGACCCGGACAAACACCUAUUACGUUAAAUGCUGUAAUAAAGAAAUGACAUUCAAGCGCCAAUUCACUCAUUUUGAAAACUACCCAAAAUAUUUUGCUCGGAGUAACUUUGUUUAUAUUUCUCUAUGUAAACACUCUCGUUCCAGUAAAGGGAUUCUGCGUCCGGUUCGGAUGAAUUGUACUUUUUGCUAAUUCAAAAUUACUGGGUUUUUGUUUUAAAGGCCGAUUAAUCUAAGCCAUUUUGAUUGUCUGUCUACCUCUUCAGUUUACAUCGCUGGUGUAGAUUAUGCUCCGUGUCAUAAUAUUUACAUUGAGAAGAUGUCCGCCGAAGCGCGAUGUUGACCUGUAUGCAGUUGAUCAAUCACCAUAAUACACGCAAAUUCCAAAUAAACAGUGUUUUGACACGUCUGUCUUGUUGACCGUGCUAUUUUGCUAAGUGUUAUCAAAACAAGAUGUUCAAAUUGGAAUAUUAAUUCUGACUGCCUUUACAAAUGUCGUAGUUACGCUACCGCAACGUAAAUGCGAUUUAAUGACGAAGUCUACCAUAUGGUGGAAAUAUUAACCGUUUAUUCUGCAUGAGAAUUGUCUGAUGUGUUUCGUUCUAGUAGUUUUUGGAGAAUAGUCUCGGUUUCGGAAGGCGGCAUUUUCCCCACAAUAAUUGCCCCAUUACGACAUUACAUGCAGCCGUUUUGGCGAUGAAAUUUUCGACGCUUGCGGAUCAACUCAAGAUGCCACUAAAGCUUCGGUAAUACAGACAACAAAAGCGUGCACUUUGUUUUCAACAUCGCUGUAAAACGAGUUGAAAGACUAAGUUGCGCGUGUUACUUCCCUCUUCAAACCUGUUAAAAUAUUUAUUUGUUAGAAUACAGGUGGUUGGUAAAACUCGCAAUAUCGCUAUUCAACUAGCUCUUGCAAGACAAGUUGUAUGCUUUUUGUUGCCCAUUCUACCGUACCUUAAGAAAACUUACUGCUGAAAAAUACUCCGAUUUUGAGGAUCAUUACUUACUUAAUCUACAUCUACCUAACACAAAUAGCUCAUUGCUGCCUGCAUUACGGCGCUACGUACCACCGGGGGAUGGACUCCGCAUAUGAAAGGGGUGGGCAUGCUCGUCGUCUCGCUUAGGGGUGUAAAUUUCGGAUUUUGGUCUCACUUAGGGUGUUCUGGGCAAAACGCCAUCAUAUUUAGCCGUGAAGGUCUUGUUUAGGAUUGCACGUGAAAAAAUGUAAAAAAUAUUAUAUUGUCUGUGUUUUAACAUGGUCUCUUUUAGGGGUGAAAAAAGAUUGGGUCACGCCCAGAUCGGUCUCCUUUAGGGGUUUAGUUCAAAAUUUCCGACGAGCAUCUCCACCCCUUUCAUAUGCGGAGUCCCCCUCCCUCGCGUACGUACACCUUCACUUACACAGUCAAGUUCCGCUUUACGGACACCCGCUUAUUACGGAAACCCCGUUGGUACAAACACUUUGUAUGGCCCCCUCAGUGUCCGUAUAAACGGCUGUUGACUGUAUCUCAUUACUCUCUGGGCGUUUUUCUGUCUCCUACAUUAACAAAGCAAAACAUUCCUGAUCAGGAUGAGUGGUUUAAUACCAAAUACAGCUGGCCCCACGCUAUUAUAGAACAUACAAUGUACGUGGGAAGGUUAAAAUGACCGACUUCUUCAGGAUAAAACGGGAUAGAAAGUAUUAUUUACCGAGGAAUAUAUAUUGGGGAGGCAUAUUUAUUAUUACUAAAAUUAACGACAAUGCAAGCCUAAAGCAAAAGAGGUAGUUUCUGUAGCUGAACACUGAUCACGUACCAUAUUUGUAUGUCUAUGCUCUGAGUAACUAUAUCAUCAUGUACUUAACCUUUGCUCGAUCUGGUUUUGUUUAGUCUUAUCACGAACAAUCAUUUUACAGCCCACAAUGUAUCAUGUAAAUUGAAGAUUAUAAACUGAAGAGUUUAGUUGGCAUUGAGCUUUUGGAUGAAAAUAGUCCAGGCAAAGGCAUGACAGCUUUUUUCCAAUCAAGUCAAACCAAGCAAACGCUACUGCGGUGUUUUCUGUCCUGCAAUUAGUCGAAAGUCAAAUAUUUUUAGUUGACAAUUUAUCGCAAUUCAGGAGAACAGUGGAGGCUCAGCGCAUCCUAGUAUUUCUACAGUUACACUGGGGUAAAUUGCCUUGUCAAAGUACAAAAGAAUUUUCUUAAAAUCUUAGACCAAAGAUAGAAAGCAAUAUGCUUCCUUAGGUAUUUUUCCAUUCAAACACAUUGAUUUUUGAAGCAUAUGCUUCUGCAAUUUCGCACCCAGUGCGGCAUGAAAUGUGUUUGGGUUACUUACAACAAAUAGUAGCAACUUGAAAGACAUGUUUACAUCUUGCUAUUUUGUGUACAUUUGGGAAAAGAUUCAAAUUAAUGUUCCAAUGAUUUAAUAAAACAGUACAACUUGAAGCUUCUUGCCUUCAGAACAAAUUUCUUUAAGACAUCACACUGGCCUCUAUGGCCGUUUUCCUCAGGGGCUUUUAUCAAGUACGCCACGUACGUCGUUCAGGAUGUAUUUUUGCAGCAUUUCGGCGAAACCUCACCCAAGUGCUUUCUUCAGAAUCUUUCGUGGGCUAUAAUUCCCUAUUUCCACAUCCACUAAAUUGAAACUUUCAUCUGAACUCUUCAAGGAAGACACACUUUCAACCAGGUACAAAAGACAAGUUUAUCGUCGUUAUUUGUAUGUAUUAAUAUAUCACUUUAGAUGGGCACUGGACAGAUCAGGUGUCUUUGGAACGUGAAAUACGGUCAAAUACAAGCUAUUAAGCAGUAAUUUCUAAUAUCUAACGCAAUUUGUAAUGAUUGUGAUAUAGUGCAAUGAACUAUUUUCGAAACAAUCUGUUCCAAACAAGCUAGAUGUACCAUAUAAAAUAACUGUGAAGAAAGACUUGAUUUAGAAACAUGGGUGGCACAGUAGAUAAAGCCUGUCAGUAUUAACCAGGGGAAGGGGCUUUGUGAAGGUUGUGAUUGCCACAAGAACUGGGGUUUGUAAUGCUAUCUUUGUGAUUUAUCUUCAUACUCCCGAGCUUAUCUCAAUGAAAUUGUCCGUUAUUCACCUUGACUUUGCUGUCAACGUCUUUACUCCCUGCAGUGCGCAAAUUGAAGAAAAAAAUCUAAAAAUUUAUUUUAAUUCAUUUUAGUUUUUAACGGUAAAAAAGAAAGUAUACAGGUAGUUUGUUUUCCAAAGGGUUUCUUACAGCUUUCGUUUAGGCAGUAUAUCCGUAGGAUUUUAUCCAUAUCAGUCUUCAAUCCGCGAGUUUGAAAUAAAAAAAGUACUACCCGGGGGUUUGGUUGUAGAAUUGAAAGAGAGUUUUCUCUUGUUUUUAGAACGGAGCACAGCUGCUCUCCUAGCGAAAUAUACGAGUGAAAGAGUCCUCUUGUACGAUCAGAAUUACAAGAAAUACCGAAUUGUUUAGGUGAUAACUUUUUUGCUGUAAUAUGGUUUGCGUAGUUAUUAAUUAAGCUUUUUUUUGCAUAAAAGAAUUCAUCUAUCUCUUUGAUGAUGUUGAGUACCAACAGGGUAAUAACAACACUUUAGAAUAAUUCUCCUACGGUAAAGAAGAUUUUUUUAAGCGUAUACGAAACUGUUUUCAAAAAGAUCUUUUUUUAUCAUAAAGCAACCGUUAACAUGUCCUCCUUACACUGGAAGAGUAACAAACGACUCCUAUAACCUCAACAAUCAAUAUGUUACUUCAAGCCAAAAUUUUUGAAGUAUUUCAUGGUUUUCCCGCGUUAAAUUGCUUGCUUUUCCAUCCCUCCCUUCAAAGUUGCUAUCGAUUAAAAAUAGCCACGUUCAUAAAAUGCCAUAAUUGAAGUUGGGCGAACGUACCACAAGGAGUUGAAUUUCUCGCUCUUGUUUCACGUGUAGGAACCGUACCUGCCUGCAUCUCGUUUGGAUCUAACGCUCUACUCGAAACAAGGCGUACUUUAACACUACGCUUUGUUUUUAAGGCAAUUCUAGAAUUUGAGGUGAUACUUUCCACCUACAGAGCUGCUAGUGUAUUUGAUGCGGUUCUACUCUAAAUAUUCAGGUCUUUGAAGUGACCCAAGGGUGUUACCGCAGAAACAACGUCUCAGAAUGAUUUGUGCUUUGGCCUUGUAAAAUUCAUCCGUUUAAAACCUUCUCUGGUGCCUUUUAAGUCCCGAAAGGCUUUCUUUAAACUUGUUCGCUUUGAAUAGCACUAAGAGGAAAAUUACCGAGAAAAUGAAAUUAUUGCCUAGCCUCUUGUAGGAAAUGACGAUAUUUAAAAGCCGUGCGUAUGCAACUUCACUCUUAUGUUCACUCGACAGUCUUGUUGCCCCAAUAACACAAAAAUGUUGUUUUAUUAUAGUUGUCUUGUUUUCUUGUGGCACGUUCCACUUUCAAACAUGUUCCAAUGAAAGCACGCACCUUUUGUAAGCAAAAGUGAAUCUAUCGUUUGGUGAACAGCCAACAGUUUUGGACAAACCCUUCGCCAUUAAGUGUUUAUCACGAGAAAUACUCGUUGCGCGAAAUGUCUUUUUAUUUGCAGGAAAAUUUCGUAAGGUAAAGUAAAUUCACUUAGUCUUUAUAUAGCGAUAUUUACUCUUGGAAAAUGUUUAAAAAUUGGCUAUUAUAUUUUUCGUUCUCAUGUUUGAGCAAACGACAAUGUCGUAUUCUCAUCAAUUUUGAAUUGUUUUAAUUUUAAUGUUUGUCCGUUAUACCGUUUCAAAUUGAAUAAAAUUAUUGAAUAAGAGCAUUGUUAAAGCGACUUUUGUCGAUACUCCCCCCAGUUUAACUCGGAAACUCCUGUAAGAGGCGAAUUGAGUGUCGCGGCGGAAUUGUAACAAAAUUCUGAAAAAAAAAAUGAAAAUUACAUUAAAAUAAUGUAGUGCUUUUUCUUGUUCAGAGUUACUAAACUAUUGCCAAAAGCUGGUAUGCUAUGAAAACGAUAUGGUUAUCAUAAAAUCAUAGUUUUGACUGCUUAACCUCAUGAUUUCUUUUUGUAUCAAUAGCUCAUGCCACUCUUUGUUGUAGGUUCGACGAAAUGUGUUUGGACCUUACAAAAUUCAAUCUUCGGCAAAAGGGAAGGCCAUGAUGUCUGUUCAUUUAAACAGACGAUCCGCACUUUUCCUUUUUCUUCAAAAGCGCCGGCGGACUAUUUUGAAAUUUCCUAUCCUCUUAAAUAAAAUAAACAGUUGCAUGUAUCAAAAUACUAGGUAUUCGUAAGUCUGCUUAAGAUGUAUUCAUCCUGUUAGUUCACACUUUUUGGGGUAGUCCGGAGUGCCUAUAUGUAUUUUGGCAGUCAGUAUUUUCGGCGAUAAAAUGAGCUAAAUGUUUCAAGCUAACCUCAUUUAAAUCUUUUUUUUCCUUUUUCAUUUUAAGUAACGUUAUGCAUAUAGGUAGGACAUUUUUAAAAAAUCAUCGAAGCUUGUUUUGGAGCUAAUUCACGACACCAAGUUGUGUCUCUUAAAAAUCACAACUGUUGACACAUAUUGUGUAAAUCAAGCUGUGUAAUGAAAACAUUGUAACAUUAUUGAUGGUUUGAAAUCAUUUUUCACACUUUUCUCGAUAAAUCCAGUGAAGAAAAAACUCAAAGUACAACUUGUAGAAAUAUUCUUUGAUGUUUCAUUGCUGGCAAAAUUCGAUCAAAUGACACAGUGAGAGUAUACAGCUCAAGAUACCUCGCCAUGGACCAUCUUCUUGUUUACAGUCAAGUUAAGUUUAAGCCAUUAAAGCUCUUAGGGUAAACACUUUUAGAUCCUUUACUCACUUAAGCUGUUGAACAUGCUUGGUGAACAACGUGGACAAACAUGUGCUGAUUGUAAAAAAGGAGAAAAUGUUACUGAGUCAUUUGUCGUGAGGCCGAGAACAGAGUCGACCGUUUCUGUUAAUUCUCUUUAGGAUCUUAAGCAACGACGAUGGCGACGUCAACGAGAACGGCAAAAGCAAUAGGUUUAGAUUGGCAAAAUAAACAACUCUGCACGUGUAUCACGCUUUUUUGUACAUUUCUUUGCCGUCAUUGCACGACUACGACGUGAAAAUGCCAAUUUUCACGUUUUGUGGAGGACGGUGAAAACGAAACAACUAGUUUCUUUUUUUUUUACUGACCUUCAAUAAAGUCUUUAAGAGUUCAACUCCAGAAAAAAUUGCCAACAUUUGACGAAUUGAACAAGAUGGAAUAAGCGCGAUAAAGUUUGAAGUAGCGCGACCUCACUUUCUAAUUAACGUUUUCGUAGUCGUCGCCGUAGUUGUUGCUUAAGCUCCUUUUUAACCAACCAGGGAAACUUCUCCCCAAGGCGCUUUGUUCACGGCCGUUGUAGCGUUGAGAAUUUGCACCGUGUCGGUAAAAUCUAAAUCUAUGAAAUUAAACAACGUAAUACCAUGCAAAAAAAUUAUUUUCAUAAUUUUAACAGCUUUUCGCGGUCAUUGUAUAUGAUGAUAGACCCCUGCGUUUUCAAAGGAGGUUUUAAGGAUUUGUAAAACUCGCUGAAUUAAGUGUUUCACAUCGGAGACUUGACGAUGCCUCGAAACGACAAUACUACUUGCAAAUUAUUUUUUAAUUUACGUGUUAAAUACUUUUAAUUAAAUUGAGGUAACCGUUCUCCUCAACAAACUUUGAUUAUAUAGUAUGUAUUUCAAGCCUAAGAUCUCUUUGUCUUUAAAUCGUUUUACGUUUCAUAGCAUACAAAGCUGUCAUCUAAAGGAGAAAGGCAAUCGAUCAUUCAGGUGUGGAACGUGCUGUGAAGAAAGCCACAAACAACGAAAAAUCAAACCUGGUUUAAUCACAACAGUCUCCCAUGGAAUCAUAAGUCAUCGCCUUGAAAACUGUGAUUCCUUAAGCGCCAAAUUUUAGAAAACAACUACUGUUCAAGGCCUGAAUUCUUAGAAGUUAUUUCCUUGAUCGUGAUAAUUUUUCUGUAAGAAAAACUCGUGGUGUUUAAUUCGUGAAGGGCAGAGACAUUUAUCAUGACGAACGUAAAACUGCCCAUAUAACCCUCUUCUCCUUAUUUCAUCUCCGCUCUUUGACUUCCUAUGACCGCACAAAUUCAGUUCUCUAUUUCUUCAAUAUUUUACUGAGGUUUUCGUAGAGCAGUAUGCACAGGAUUUGAAUAACCUUAGGCAAAUUGUCUCAGGAAUUUUUCGUCCCGAGUGGUACAUUGUCCAAGCAGCUAACUUUCUUGUGUAACUUUUACAACUAACAUUUUUAAAAUUUGACUUUUGUAAUUUAUAGUUAUUGCAUGUUUGUUUCAGCUAGAUAAAACAGCUAAAUGUGACGUAAAGUGAUGCCUCCUCUUGCUAACUUAGAAACGAUUUAAAAUAACCUCGGUACCCCGCGAACAAAAUUUACAAACAUGUGCCAUAAUCAGACCGAUUACGUUGGUGGCGUUUCGCACAUCCCAGUCCUUAGUGUGAAUAAUGGAGGUGAAUAUGAGUAAGUUUUGCAGCUCAGAGUUUCUCUAUGUUUGUUCUUGUACCACAGUGUAAAUUGCUUUACUUUUGCAUUAGAAACUGGGCAAACUAUCGUGAUUUAGGGUGCCCCUCAACUCUCUAUAUUUUUGUGUCAUUAUUUAUUUCGAAAACAUGGCUCAACGAAAAAUGACCGAUCAAAAAAUCGAGUCUCUGCUCUUGGUUUCUAAGAACCAUAAAUUAACUGCUCACGACUUAAAUGUCUUGAAAACCAAUUGCCACAAUUUCAAAGGUGUCUUUGGACGUUCCAAAUUAGUAGUGUCCUCGUUUACACUGAUUUCAUUCCACUGCGGAUAUUCCUCUGCGGGUAGGCCCAAACAGAGCACUGGCCACGAUUUACAAUGACAUUGAUUUCGCUGAUCUUGUAAACCUAGGAAAGGCUUAUCUCAUCUUAAAUUCGGUCAGAAGUUAAGUGGAAGACUACACCAAUGAUUAGAAGAGUCUUACCGAUGUCAGUUUAUCCUUGAUUUUAGAUUGCUAACCUGUAAGAGCUACUUGAAUUUUUUAAAGUAUUUUUAGAAGUACGUAUGAAGUUAAGAGCGAAUCGCGAGAUAGCCUAAUGCCAACCUUACAACUUAGCUGGAUGGACGAUUACUUUCUUAGCUUAAGGUACACUCAAGUGAUCCUCCUACCUUAUAAAUGCACCGACUCGAGACGAACUGUAGAACCCUUUGACGAGAACAAUUGACUUCGCAAAGUUUAAGUGCAUAUCCUGCAAUGCAUUGUAAUGGGAAGACCUCGAGUCGGGCGUUACAUUUUAUGUGCAAAACAUCCCAACUAUUCUAACACCAAAACACCUGGACCAGAACAAGCUAUUAUUCUGUUCAAGUUUACUUCAAAACAGAACACAGCAUGACCCAAGCUUGCCAUCGGAUGACGUUAUUGUUUAAUGAUCGAUUGAUGUAUUACGGGUGCCGCAUGUUUUACAUUGCUUUACGAGCUACUGCCGGUGUUUUGCUUUUGAGUGGUCUGUAAGCUUAUUCUUAAAAUCUCAAAUGAUACUGUCUUGUUUUCUCAACGAAACCUCGACUGGUUUGAUGCCGUGGUCUAGUUGUCUCAUGAAUAUUCCGUGGAAAUCACCGUCUCCAAUAUCCCUCUAUGAAAACCUUUCUUGACUGACGCUAUGCAUGGUUGUUCUGUAUUUAAUGUGGGGCAGUGUUAUAACAUGUUUUACGUUAUCAAUCACGCUUUGCGCGGCCUUUCAGUCAGGAAAAAUAGCUUCUUUGAAGAAAAAAUCGCAUUGACCAUAUUAGGAAUCUAGAGUACGAGGCCUACAUUUUGCUGCACAGUGCACAGGCAACUUGACCUUUGUACGAAUUUGUACCUUUGUAGGGAAGAGUAGAAACAUCUAUGCAGUGACAAGGCAACACUGCUUCACUUUGCGUGUAUGGCUUUUGCUAAAAAGAGGCUAAAUGAUCGAGGCUUUCAUCUUAUUUCACAUUAGGGGGUUUAAACAACGACGACGUUGACGGCAACAAGAACAGCGAAAAAGCAAUACCCUUAGAUUGGCGAAACAACAACUUUCCACGUGCAUCACGCCUUUUCAUUCAUUUCUUUGCCGUCCCCGCAUGUCUGCAAAGCGAAAGUGCCUAAUUUCACGUUUUGUCGAGGACGUGAACACAAGACAACGACUUUCUUUUUCUUUUCCUGAACUUUGAUACAGUCUUUUAGAAUUCAACUCUAGAAAAAUUUGCCAGCAUUUCACGGAUUGGACGAGAUGGAAUAAGGCCGAUAAAUUUUGAAGUAGCGCUAAUCCACUUAUUCAGUGACGUUUUCGUAGCCGUCGCCGUCGUUGUUGCUUAAGCUCCCUAUUGUAGAGGUGAAACUUCACCUUUAUUUAGAUAUUUGUAGAAGUGGAAUGCAAGCAUAAGAUUGUUCUGUACGUUUAUUGCUGAAUAGUAGCUAGCUUUCGACAGUCGCUCAAGGUUUUAGACUAUAGCCUUGGCGUAGACCUUUAAAAUUGGUAGAGCUUUACUAGAUAGAUGUCGUCUAUACUAUAUGAAAUGGAAUAGCAGACGAACUACUUGUUUUAUGUUUUUAUUGGAAAUGUUCACUUAAAUGUAAAAGUGCUUUUAAUAACCACGCCUUUUUAACUUAAGCAAUCGAGACGUUUCAUACUGCAUUUGAAUUUUCAAUUGAAUGUUCUUUCCAUAAUUCCCUAUUUCUUCUUUCCUUUUUUUAAUUGCUUUUUAGAGAACACCCUUUUAUUAUCCCAGUGACGUGAAAACUAAUGUUCAUUUCGAAAAGUCUCCUACGCUUAUAAUCUUGCUGCUUCCUGUUCUUGACUAUCUCUCUACAUUGGGGGGCUUUCCUGCGGAUGAUUUACCAUCAAAGGAAACAUCAAAUGUUUAUUACAAUUAUUAUGAUUCCUUUUUAUCUUGUCAUACCGCGAAUAUUGGGCUCAAUAAAUUUAUUGAUGGCCUUCUGGCUUAACAGACAAAAAAUAUGAUAUAUGCACCAAUAGAGGGAAACCCAAAAUGCAAUUGUCUUGGCCGUGGGCAGAAGCUUGGAUUUUUGGAAUUUUCUCGAUUUAUAGAAUUCUAUCUCCCUAAUUAACUAUCGUAAAAUUUGCGGAAAUUGCUGAAGCAAAAAGAGCGUGAUCAGCUAAAGUAUCCGGCUUAAAUAUUCAUGAUGUAAAAAAGGAUUUCAUUUUGACAUUUUUCGCCUAAAAAUUCCGCAGAUGCGACGUUAAGAUUGCCUUUCAUCUUCUGAUCAAAUAUUUGCUGUUAAUUAAGCGUCUCGUCUUUAAAUGUCGAUUAUAUUUAAGUUUGAAGUUUGUUUGCUUACUCGUCCUACCAACUAUGUUUUACACGGCUUUAUUUUCCCAUAAAACAAUACAAACAGCUUGAUUUUUUCAAAACAAGAAUAAUAUCCUUUGAAGCUGAAGCACUGAUUAAUAUCUUGGCGAUAAUUCUCCUCGCCUUUAUUUAUUUCAAUUUAAAUAGAGAAAAUAUCACAUAUCUUUUGCAUUUACGCAGUUCAUCUUGAAACGUUGUAUAAAAGAGCUGUAUCUCAGUGAACCGAAAUGUAAGUUUCCAAAAAACCCCCGUGGUGAACUAGAAAUAUUAAUUAUUUUAACGCAUUUGAGUUUUGUACAUAGUGAUGACCUGCGUGAAUCAAUUUUAGAUAGCUGAUGCCUUUUUCUUCCUUUUUACAGUUCACAGGUUUGCGACAAGGCUUAUCUGCCAUGGCUUUUGAUGAUUCUGAAAUAGGCAUAAAUGAAACAUGAUUCGCGACAAUUUUUGUGACUCUUUUACGCUUUUGAAUAAUUAUAGGACUCAAAAAUAACUCCACCAACUUCAUACAUCGGCAGGUUGUAAAUAGUUUAUUCCAAUCUGAGUUUCGUUUUAAGCGUUGUACUCAUUGCAACCUUAUUUUCAUGAGUUGUAAUAAAAUCCAAUUAGAGUUUGAAAGAUUUCAUAGUAAUCUCAAAUUAGAAUAAUUUACUGAAGGCGAUCAGCUCGCAGCCAAAAUAAAAUUUUGCCGUCUGAUAAUAAUUGCAAGCGAUUGUAGGUUGUAUCUUGCAUUUGUAUCAACGCGAUAAUAAAAAUAUCCCGAAAGUGAAGUUCUGUGUGUCGACAAACAUUCGAUGUAAAGGAGUUAAGAAAGGCGGCGAUUCCCUUUCUAUUCAUGAAAUUUAUUUCGGAAAUUACGGUUUUAUCGCUUCUAAGGGAGUAAUUCUCGCUAAGCGCUGGUUUCAGAGUAAAUACAUGACUUUCUAUAAAACAUGACACCAGGAGAAGUCUGAAUGAGUCUUAUACUUCGUAAAAACGGUUUUGUUUGUAGUUGUAUUGUCUUGAGAUGAUAAGUAACCUGCUGUAGGUUAUCUGUGUAAGCGCCCUUCUAGUUUACAUUAAUGCUGACUGCGAACCAUUCAGUUAACAAUAUUGAUUUCGCUGUUUGGGGAACGCAUCUUCGCCGUCUAUCUUAUAAAGUCCUCUCAAUUUCGGCGCCCACAAGCCCACGUAGUACGGCUACCGUAAAUCUGAUAUUUGCAUUUAUUUUGAUCUUAUAAAACUGUCUCGGGUAAAUAUUUGCACCUUUCAUCUUCACGCUAGUCAUUGCAAACUUGUAUGUUAAAUAUUGACUGUCAAAUCUUAUUUGCUAUUAAGUUACCGGUUGAUAAUGUAUCUCGAAAAGCCGGCUGCUUGAGCAAUCAUUUCCAAUUUUCUUACGCCACUUUACGAUAUUAUGAAUCGCAAGGAGAAUGUGGACUUUUUUUUUCCUUUCUUUCUUGCUGGUUUAAUUGUAUUCCGUCGCCUUUAUUUACACUCGCUUUCCUGUUUUUCUAUUCUCUUUAUUUAUGGCCUCAUUGUCUCUUAUGCUUUGCCAGAGUGGUGACCGAAUCUUUGCAAGUAUGGAGCGAGGAAAAAGAAAUAUAAUUUAAGAUUUCACUGCUGCUAACUUUUCAGUAUAUUUGAUUUCCUAGUUAAGAUUGAGAUGCUUGAAAAGCGGGAUUCGAAAUUCCACUCCUUGUGGCUCUUAACUUCCAAACAGUCGCAUCUUAACGGGUAAGAUCUUCAUAGAACUUUGCGGGCUGCGCAGUUACGUUCAGUCUUCGGCCUCAACAGAAUCCCAUUGAUUUUACUGCGACACACUGAACGCAAUAACAGUCGCUAACUUCUACUUGACAAGAAUUUGCUUGGUAAAAUUAAUAUCGCGUGAUUACUUAGGUUACAAGUAAACAUCAAAGCGGGCAAAUCAAGGGAUUUGUUUGACCGCGAUCAAGCGAUGUUUAUUGUCUAUUUUACGCUUGGAUCAGUCGAAAGUUCACUCUACCCUGACUAAACGGUAUGUGAACUAAAAGAAAGCGCUCUUGUGUAAAUUCAAUAAAGAAUAGCAAGCAUGUCUGAGUGUGAGUACUUUUAAUUUUCUGUGGUUAGUCUAAACUUAGAAUCUUGGCGACAGAGGCGCACUGGAGUAGUUCUAUCAGCAUCGUCUUAGUA